AUUGCUAAACUUCUUGGUAUCUUAUUCAUAACCAUUUAUAGGAUAUUAAUUCCUCGUAAAAUUGUCUCCCUCGACUUGCCCUGUUGUCCACGUUGACUCGAGACUUAAUUGUAACUGUGUACUACUACGAGCUUAAUCAGCACAACCCGUAUAAAUGAUUCCGUGAGCUGGUUGAUCGCCUUGAUUUAUUUGCAGAUUAAUUCCGAUCGAAAUUAAAGUUGCAUCGUCUCUGCAAACUCUGCAGCUACGUGUUAUCUCCUCCUCUCUUAGCUUCUCCUAAUUUUUUCGCUAGUUUCGUUUCACUUCAGACUUCAGAGCAGUUGCACCGUGCACAUGCAUGACGCAUGAGCCGAUGAGCAGAAGCAGCUCCAGCUUCUUCAGGCGGGACGCCGCCGGCAACGAGGAGAGGGCGGCGCUGACGACGCCGCCGCCGCUGCCGGCGGAGGACGACAUGGGCGGCGCUCCGGCCGGACGGCGGCGGUGGCCGUCGUCGGUGAUGAGGAUGAAGGGCGUCGGUUCCGUCAUGGUCGGCGUCGUCUUCCUCGCGUUGCUCAUCCUCGUACACAGAUGGGUCGGCCUCGACGCUUCGUUUCUACGUGACAGCAGCAUGGUGAGGACCAGCACGCGACAAUGGCAUCCCCACCACAACAUCUCCACGCCGCCGCUGAUGACACUGCCGCCCUUCUCCUGCGGCAACGGCACGGCGGCGCCGGCGACGUGCCCCGCGACGCCGCCAUCGCCGCCGCCGACGUCGAAGCCCGCCACCGGCGGCGAGCCAGCGGCGUCGUGCCCGGACUACUUCCGGUACAUCCACGACGACCUCCGGCCGUGGCGCGGCGCCGGGAUCACGCGCGAGGCGGUGGAGCGCGGCCGGCGCCACGCCUACUUCCGGCUGGUGGUGGUGUCCGGCCGCGCCUACGUGGAGACGUACCGGCGCUCGUACCAGACGCGCGACGCGUUCACACAGUGGGGCGUCGCGCAGCUGCUGCGCCGCUACGCCGGCCGCGUCCCCGACGUGGACAUCAUGUUCGCCUGCGACGACCGGGGCCGGGUGCGCGCCGCCGACUUCGCCGCGGCGCCGGCGGACGCGCCGCCGGUGUUCCGGUACUGCAGGGACGCGACGACGCUGGACGUCGUGUUCCCGGACUGGUCGUUCUGGGGGUGGCCGGAGGUGAACAUCGGCGCGUGGCCGGCGACGCUGGAGGCGGUGCGCCGCGAGAGCGCGCGCGUGCGGUGGCCGGAGCGCGAGCCGUUCGCGUUCUGGAAGGGCAACCCCGGCGUCGCGCGCAUCCGCGGCGAGCUCAUGAAGUGCAACCCGGCGUCCGAUGGCAAAGACUGGAACGCUCGUCUCUUUAGCCAGGAUUGGAAUCAUGCCAUACAUAACGGCUUCAAAGAUUCUAGCAUACCGAAGCAAUGCUUACACAGGUACAAGAUAUACAUAGAGGGGGAAGCAUGGUCGGUGAGCGAGAAGUACAUCAUGGCAUGCGACUCGCCGGUGCUGUUCGUCAACACCCCGUACCAGGACAUCCUCUCCCGGGGACUCGUCGCCGGCGAGCACUACUGGCCGAUCAACCGGACCCGGAUGUGCGAGUCCAUCAGGGCCGCCGUCGACUGGGGCAACGCCCACCCGGCGGCGGCGCGCCGCAUCGGCGAGCAGGGGAGCCGGUUCGUGCGGGAGCAGAUGGCCAUGGACUACGUCUACGACUACAUGUUCCACCUCAUUACCGAGUACGCCAAGCUGCUCCGGUACAAGCCUACCGUGCCGGCGAACGCAGUUGAGAUCUGUGCCGAGAGCAUGGCGUGCGCCGCCGCGGCGGGGAGGGAGAGGGAGUGCAUGGAUGAGUCCGUGGAGGGGUUCGUCGCCGGGUUUGAUCCGUGCUCGCUGCCGCCGCCGUUCACGGAGGAGGAGAAGAGGGAGAUCGCCGCUAAGGAGGAGGAGGUGCUGAGGAAGGUGGCGAAGUUGGAGGAGGAGAACAUGUAGCAAAGCGAAUGGAAAAUGAUACUGGAUUUUUAAAAGAUGAUUAUUCACAAUGUAAGACUUUCUAACAUUGUUCAUUAUUCAUAUGGAUGUUAAUGAACGUGUGCAAUGCAGUCUUACAGUGUGAACGGAGGAAAUAAAGUUUAAAUAGGCGACAAUA